AGAUAUGGACCCAAAAAAAAACUGUCAAAACCCCCGCAAAAAUUACUCCUCCCCCAACUGCCAUACUUCACCACCGACGCCGUCACCGUUUCCCCCAAAGAACCCAUUAACGCCGCCACCAUUCUUGACGAUUCCUCCCCACCAAAUGUAACCACAACGCCAAUAAAUGCUGUAGAUUAAACUUUUAAAAAGAAAUAAAAAAAAACAAGGAAAUCCGGUGCCUUCAAGAAGGCCACAUGGGCCUGAAAAUCUCCCUCUCUUUCCCACUCCUCCUGUUGCUAUUCCUACGGUUCCGUCAAGUUCGAACCCCUCUCUCCUGUUGCUAGAAGAAGAAGCCGCCUCGCCAUUGUCGUUUACAUGGGCGGCGCCGGCGGCGUUCCGGGAAUCGUUAGACUCAGGUGCUCGGUGAUGAGGUACGAGUGGGGUAAGCUCGGGGAGGAAUCCGGUGUGGCGCGUCUGUACGCUAAGAACAACGGAGACGAGAUCGACGGCGGUGGACCAUAUGCCGAGUUCUGGAUGGGGACUCACGAGUCAGGCCCCUCGUACGCGAUGGAAGCGAGUGGUGGCUCGGAGAUAAGCCUGAAGGAUUGGAUUCAGCAAAACCCUAGUGUUCUUGGUGAUAAGGUUUUGCACAAGUGGGGCCCACAUCUCCCAUUCCUCUUCAAGGUACUUUCAGUAGCAAAAGCACUGUCGAUACAGGCCCAUCCCGAUAAAGAUUUGGCCGCAAUUCUACAUAGGCAACAUCCGGGAGUUUACAAGGACGAUAAUCACAAACCCGAGAUGGCUUUGGCACUCACCGAAUUCGAGGCGUUGUGUGGUUUUAUCGGUCUUGAGGAAUUUAAAAAUGUUCUUCGACACGUACCCGAGAUCGUUGAAGUAGUUGGUACUUCGUAUGCCGAUCAAAUAUUACACAUAAGUGACAAAGAAGGGGAAAUGAAACUGAAAGAGGUUUUACGGUCGUUAUUUACUAAACUCAUGUCAGCUAGCAAGGCUGUAAUAACCGAAGUCGUCGUCAAGUUGAUAACUCGACUGAACAUCAAACACGAGGCGAGGCAGCUGACAGAGAAGGAAGAGCUCGUUUUGAUGCUCGAAAAGCAAUAUCCAGGAGAUGUCGGUGUGAUAGCAUCUUUUUUAUUAAAUUACGUUAAACUUAAAUCCGGCGAAGCACUGUACAUAGGUGCGAACGAACCUCAUGCGUAUAUACACGGUGAAUGUGUCGAGUGCAUGGCAACAUCGGACAACGUUGUACGUGCUGGACUUACUCCGAAAACCCUCGAUGUACAAACUCUCUGUUCGAUGCUCACAUACAAACAGGGUUUUCCGGAGAUUCUUCGUGGGAUUCCUUCAAAUCCAUAUACGGUUAAAUACCUCCCUCCGUUUGAUGAGUUUGAGGUUGAUCGGUGUAUUCUUCCUCAAGAAACGUCAACGGUUUUUCCUGCGGUAAACGGCCCUUCCGUUUUUGUUGUUGUUUCCGGAGAGGGAGAAAUGGGGCCCGCAUUUACCGAAGAGUUAGUUGGUGAAGGUGAUGUGCUAUUUAUACCCGCAGACACUGAGAUAACCGUAAAAACUAGUUCGGGUUUGAAUUUGUAUCGAGCGGGGAUUAGCAGCAAUUUUCUCGAGGAAUCAAAGUAAUUUGUUUUUUUUAAUUCUUUUAUUUUACCAUUUUGCCCUCUGUAUUUUGCCUACCUUUUCGGUGUAACAUUAGUAAGUCAGAUGUGUAUUAUAUGUACCAGUAGCAGUUGUUGUACACAGAUCGAAUGUAGAAAUGAUCAUCAAAUAAACGGAACACAUUAUCGACAA